GUUUGCUCACUGAUUAAUAAGGCACUCGUGACUCUCAUACGAUUAGACUGCUAAGGAUACACAAUGGCAGGUAUGGCAAACUAGGGAAUGGGCGCGAUGGGCAUGGCUGGGGUGAACCUGGGCAAUCUGGUUAUGGGGACGACGAAUAUGUUGGUUCCUAAUAUGGCCACUCAAGGAUGCAAUGCUCGUAUGGGAAGCUUUGUCGGGACUGGAGGGGUAGGGAUCUCUCCUCUGAGUAAUACAUCACCUUUUGGAGUAGUAACCUGCUAUAUAUGUGGGAGGAGGGGGCAUUAUGCCCAAAAUUGUUGGCGGGCGAAGGAUCGUCAAAUCCAGAGACCUGACAAGGAGAACAUUGAGAUGAGGGAACUUAUUCAGAGGAUCAAUCGGCAAGAAAGGGAGGAAGAGGAGAGGAGAUUACGGGAGAAUGUGGAUGCGAAGAAGAAGGAAGAGAACGAGAGAAGGGAAAGUGAGACGCUAAGGGAGGAAGAGGCGAAAGAAGCUAAGUUGGAGGCAGCGAUCGUCAGGAUAUUGACACAAAGGAAGGACUUGGCUUUGGUACCUGUGAACACUCAAACCUCUUAUGAGGUGAAGAAGAAGUCUCCGCGAUCGAAGGCCCGUUUCAUACAGGAAAUCACUAACUACAUUGCUGAGUCCGAAGACGACAGCGAGGAAGUCAAAGAGGAGACUAGUAAGUUGUUUGAAGUCUUGGAAAAGAGGAAGAAGAAAGAUAGAAGGACGACCGCAGUGCAACAGGCUACAGCGAGUAAGCAGCAACGGGCGGCCAGGCAACCAAAGAAGGACAGGACAACGCAGCGGACCAGAGAACCAGCGCCUGCAGCGAAUGGUUUCGAGACACCGGUUAAAGCAUGUCCAACUGAAUGUUCGAGCGAGGGGAUGGUCGAGUAUGCGCUAUCUCAGACCAAGAUCCUCAGUGCGAUGAAGGCGCACGAGAUCAGGAAGAUUUGUAAUAAGGAGGGCGUUGAGUAUACGGUGAAGAGCGAGACUAUCCAAGAGAUCGUGCGUUGCCUCACCAGGCUUGCACACGAAGGGUUUCUUGAUUAGGGACAUGUGUCACCUCCUUUGAAGAGAGGAGGAGCUGAAGGUUUGGGACAGAGAUGACGAGCAUGAUUCUACCUUCCUCCGAUGUGGCAGUCAGGAUUCGAGAGCUCAUCGCAAAAAGAAAGUGGCGAGGCAUCAUAGGGACGUACCCGCUUUUUUCACGAGAUGACGAGAAUGAACUUGCUCUUCUGUU